GCACCGCCGAGCCAGUCGAUUUACGAGUGCCGAACAAGUCUUAUGUGCCUCGCGCGAGUUCCGUCGUCCUGCCGUCGACUCACCGCCACCUGGUGUACUUAGCUGGCCACACUCCCAAAAAAUAAAAGCGACCGAUCAACCGUGGCGAUUUGGCCAGUGUGUGUCCUUAAUUCGGCAUUAGGAGCCGUGCUAGUUUAGUUUUGUUUUGGUUUGUUAUUGGUGCUAAGGUUUAGCCACCAGUUUUUAGAAAGUGAUUUUGUGAAGGUAGUGCAUCCGUCGUCGUCCGACGUAGGUCAUUGCUAGCGGAAGUCACACCGAGUGACGACCAGUUACCCCCUAAAAAUUACCCGCACUGCCACGGAAUCACCAAGCAACGAUGAAGAAGGAAAGAAUUGUUCCAGCAGGCACGAGAAGUUUGCUGCUGUCGCUGCUCGCCGUAGUCGGUUAUGUCACAGGUCUCGACUGGGAUUCCAUAAUCACAACAGACAGCGGCAUACUGUUCUUCGACCAAAACUGGACCCAGGUCUCGUCCGGUGGCCACCAGUUUCAGCACAUUUCGGCCUUCGCGUACGACGAAGUGAAGCAAAAGCUGUACUUUAGCGAUCUAAAGGAUCCCAAGUUUCGGAUAUUCUCACUGGAUGCCAAUCCCCAGGAAGAAUAUCACAAAGUGACGAAACUACUGCCAAAAUCGGACGAAACGUCGUACAUUACGGGGCUGGUGUUUGACCACCUGGAGCGGAAGCUGUACUGGACGGAGCGGGGAACCCAUGCGCUCUAUUCGGUUGAGGUCGAUAAGGUUGGAAACGGAACCGAUGCGGGAAGUUUGAUCAGCACUGUUACCAAGGUGGAGGACAAUCACGAUCUGGCUGGAUUGGCGAUUGACGAGUGCAGGAGGCACCUGUAUUGGACCAACAGCUACCUGCAAACGUCCAACGUGGUCCGGGCGACGAUGGCCGGCAAGGUGCUGAACUCGCACACCGAAGACGUGUACGAACCGAAGGGAAUCGCCGUCGACCAUUACAGCAAUCGCAUCUACUGGGUAGAGAAAAAGUUUGGCCGCGCGUUCAGCAUCCAGAGCGUAAACCUGGAGGUCGAAGAUGUCAAGACGUUUAUCAGCGAGAACGAUAAGGCGCCGACGCACGUUGCGCUCAACAGCCGGUACCUGUACUGGGUAGACCAACAGGUCGGCGAAGUUCACGAAACGCUAAAAUCAGACUCCACCCAAAGUCGCGUCGUCUACCGGGGAAACCGUCCCACGGCCAUCAUCAUCAAGUCAGCCCUUCUGCUAAACCACCAAAACAACAACCCAAGUUGCAAGUCGGUGAUCGCCAAAAUCCUGGACAACGUAAAGCGCGAAUCCGAUGGAGAACUGCCCCAAGCAGACAAACCAACCUCGACUAAACCCGAGAUGAUCAUCUGCCUCAACAACGGCAUCCUGAACCACAACACCAACAGCUGCAUCUGCCUGCCCGAAUACCAGGGCAACUUUUGUGAAAUCCCAAUCUGCAACAACUACUGCGUGCACGGCAAGUGCGUCAUCGGUCGGGACAACCGGCCAACGUGCGAAUGUGACGCCAAGUUCGAGGGAGAACGCUGCGAUCGCAGCAAGUGCGACGGCUUCUGCCUCAACAGUGGAAACUGUUCCUUCAGCGAUGCGACGGCAACCUGCGCCUGUCCGAAGAAUUUCAGCGGCAAACGGUGCGAGACCGCAAUCUGCACGUCGGAUUACUGCUACAAUGGGCGGUGCAUGGUGGAGGAGGGCGGUUCGCCCAAGUGCCAGUGUAACGUGGGCUAUCGGGGCGAACGGUGCGAGGAGUACACGUGCAACAACUACUGCCUGAACGAUGGCAAGUGCGUGCUGAACAACGAGACCAUGCUGGUGGAGUGUCGCUGCGGGGCGGAGUACACGGGCAAGCGGUGCGAGAUUCCGAAGCGGUUCUGCUCGCUGGACACCGGGAACCCGGAGCUGCAGCCGUACUGUGAUGGAAUACCACUAUCCUCUCAGCAGCAGCAACAACAGCUCGUAGAGCCCCAAAUCAGCUACUGCAAAAACUCCUUCAACCGGACCGUCGUGUACGCUUCGCUCGCGUUCGCCGCCUCGCUCUUCAUCCUGAUGGUGAUCCUGCUGAUCGUGCGACGCUUCUACGAGGAGGGCCGCCCUCGCAUCACCAAACGCUUCAAGGUGACCAGCAACCACACCCAGAUGACGUCGCGACCGGCCACCCAGUGCGAGAUCACGAUCGAAAACUGCUGCAACAUGAACGUGUGCGAAACGCCAUGCUUCGACACGAACCUGUUGCAAAAGUCGUCUUCGAAGGCCGAGGACAAGCAGUACCUGCUGGACGAUAUUGAAAACAUUGCCGGCUCGUACCGGAAGCUGCCGAGCUGCGCAGGUGGCGACAAGAACCUGCCCUGAUCACGUGGUGGAUGAUACCGUCCCGUGGCCCCCCAGUAGUACCAUUCUCUCUCUCCAGCGGCAGCUAUAAAAGUGCGAUUAAUGAGAAGAAAAUAAGAGAAGAAGCGCGGCUGGCAGCAGCAUUGCCAAGGAAUCUGAAAUCUCCCUAAUCCUAGGAGCAGUAGUUAGUGCGAAAACCUAAUUUAUGUGAUUAGUUUGUAAGUUAGGAAAAAAAAGGAUCAAUAAUGCUUCAUCAGAUGAGCUCUCGCGGUUGAUUGUCGAUCCGUUUCGAGGAAUUUUGGUGUACAAUUGUGCUCGAAGUAAUUCAUCAGGUCGAUUCAAAUACUUCAUCAUCAUCUGUACAAAACAUGCUACUGAAACUCGUCCAACACAAAUUGAGAGAGCACAAAGAAAGCAAGCCCAAACUUUAAGCAACUAAAAGACAAACCACAGCCAUAGCCUCUAGAACCGUUGAAAGCGCAAACGCUGCCCGGAUGUUACCAAUAAUAACACAUACACAUACAGUGUAUAACUUUUAGCCAAAAGAAGGAUUUCACUUUAUCAAGGCAGCGAACAUCUGUUUUCAUUUUUACCGUGAACGAGCAAUCCUGAAGAGUUCCCUGUGUAAAGAAGUAACGUGCGUUAGUUAGUUUCAGUUGUUUUUAAAUAGUUCCUGUGUACGUUUAGAGCUUUGUUAUCCAUUUCUAGCCAAUAGUAAAUUGUAUCAAUAAAAAAGAAAAGAAAAAAAACUAGUUUAGGUGCAGAAAUCACGCAAAGGCUAACUAAAUUUACUUAAAACCCCUUAAUAGACUGCUUUCAGUUUUGUGUUGUCAUUUUCGGAUUGGUUACUUACUGUGUGCGCGUAGCUUAGUUGUGCUUACCGCAAAUGCCAUACCAUUGAUGCCCGGUCAUACUUAAUCGUAACAUUUAGGCAAAACUUAAUUCGCUGCAAAAUUAUUACACCCUCACCAUACUCCCAAUUUUUUGUUUUGUUUUUGUUAGUAGUAGGUACGGUGCUGCGCACAACAGAAACAGCAACAACAACAGUGUAAGAGAAUUCCUAUAGCUAGAGUGUAGAUAAAAAAGGCGGGGCUUACGUCCGUGAGGAAAUACUUAAAUAAAACUAGCAGUAGUGUUAGGCAAUCGGGAGGGAACACAGUAAAGACUUUAUAUUUAAUAUCCACAUGAGAAAUGUGAUAUUAAUAUAAAUAGAUUUAAAAUACUAUGUAGAAAACGAAAACACGAGAGUGAUAGUGCGAGUGCUGUAAAUAGUAUGCAAGUUGAAAUUAUAUUUAUAUGAGAUGUG